AUGGCAACUGUCACUGGUGGGCAUCCUUGGAAGUAUCAAGCAAUCAGAGGAAUCGGCGAUCGGUCUCCAUUUUUCGCACCCGAAAGCCUUGGCCCAGACAUCGAAUUAAAUGUCGACGUCGCGUAUUCGGGGUUGAUUCUCGCGUGGCGACCGCCAGCUCCAGGCGUCCAAGCUCCAGAGAACGACUAUCAGCAAGCCUCGACAACUGGAGGCUAUCCUGUCCCCAAUUCACAUUCGAACAUCGACCUUAGUGAUGCAAGUCCAAAUACCCUCGCAGUCCCUGGUUCUGCUGCUCGGCCUGUGUCCACACUCCAGCGAUCCAGCUCACUCGAUGUUCAUGUGCCGUCUCCACCGCCAUCACCGCCAUCAGAGGAUCAGCCCUCCGAAUUUCAGUCUGCAUUUAAGGAUAUCUCGAAUAGUGCCCCAGACAAGGCACCUGCUGCAUCAGAUACCACGUCUCCCUUCAAUGGGGAAUGGAUAUUUUUGCGAAACCAAAAUCUGCAAUCGGGAUAUACUUACUCUGACGCCGACACUGGAUCAAAUCAGUUCUCCAUGAUCGCACCUGGAUCGUCUUAUGUUGGAAUUGCAAACUCUCAUAUUUCCAGCCCCAGGCUUUCCUCUUUGCGCUCAGAGGGUUUCACUGUUAUAGACAGUUAUCCUCAUGCUCAACGACACACACCACGAAUUGACACUCCGUCGGGGCCCAGCCGCCUAUCAUCACCACUCAUGCCAGGAUAUACUGUACCUCUGGAUUCUGAAAGCGGAUCUCUCCCGUAUCCAACACUCCCAACUAGCAAACCGAAUGGGGGAAGACUACACCUGCCGAUUUCUCAGCCUCCAAAGUAUCCACCAUGUCGACGUACUGAGGAUGGGUUACUUAUAGUCCCCAGCGUGCCAGGGCCCCCUAGUGACGAAACUGAAGGCUCUCGCAAAGGGGGAAACAAAUCACUCUCUCAUCACACGGCACCAGUGCGCAAGACCAGAAUUGCUUCAGACAUCCAGAGAAAGUCGAUACCAGAAGAAAGCGAUGAAGCACCUGCACUCUUCGAUCUGAGUCCCAACGUGAUGCCAUACAGGAAGGGCAAAUACCCCCGGAGAAGGCGGUGCCCCAGCUAUUACGAUUCUGAUAUCAUCCCAUGA